AUGGGGUCCUCUUCUUCAUCUGGAUUGGCCUUCCUCCUGCACCUUUUUCUGCUCUUUGACAUCCUUUUUGCAUUUGACAAGGUUCUGACCGUGCGCUACGGCGUCUGCAUCUGCGAGACGUACCCAGAGAAGACAGAGAGCCAGGGCAAGGCUCCAGUGGUUUUUGCACCGUACAGGCAAAGCCCGUCUUGCUGGGUUUCAACUUCAGCGGAUCUUUCAGACUUUGAGCUCACAUCAUUCGCGCGAUUGUGGUCUUCUUCGCGCCAUUGUGAGAGCCAUGCAGAACCAAAAUGCUCCUUGGAGGUGCUUGCAUUGCAAACAGCUUCGCAAGCAAAGCGCGACCCAUUGUCAGACUUGCCAGUUGCCAUGGCAGACGGCAAUGGAUCGUAUCAAAGCCCUCGAAAGAAAUCACCAAGAGGAGGCAAAGGGAUAUCCCAUGGGCCCUCCAUUGCCACCACCGAGUGGUCCACCGCCUCCGUGGGCUUAUCCUGGUGCACCGAGCAAUAUGAUGCCGAUGAUGAACAUGAUGCCGAUGCAGAAUGUUUCAGUGCCGCAGCAAUGUGCUCCCGCGCAGGCCUUCACCCCGUUGGCCAUGCCUGCGCCUGCAUGGUGCAAGAGGCGGUGCCGAACGAACUCCUCAACUAUUUGCAGAAGCGCUCCGUGGAUUUACCUCCGGAUGUGCAACAAAGAGUCCAGACAGAGUCGAGGAAGCAAGGAAAGAGGGCUAUCAAGGAUCUUCAAGCAGCAGCCAAGUCUCUGGGAGAGGCCCGCACUGCCUACGAAGAAGCCCUGGUUGCCCGUACCCAGCAUAUCAGCUCCUGGAAAUCCUUUUUGGCAGAGGCUGUGAAAAACUGGACGGAUUAUGCCAAGCUUUUCGAACAGCACGAACAGGCCUUACAGUUGAGAAUUUCAGCUGCAAAGGACCAAUUCCAGGAAGCCAAGGAAUGCCUCGAUGCUUCCAAAACCUCUGCAGGACAAGUCACCGAGAUCAGCGACGAGGAGGAACUUCCGGGCGACUCCGAAAAUUCAGCCAUGCAAAUCACCGAAAGUAUCCAGACGCUCUCCAACUCCUUGAUGAAGCUCUCCAAAGAAGCAGAGUCUAUCAGGUGGAAGGACCAUCAGCGAAAAGACCCAGAAUGGAAGAGAAAAAGGAGGAGGGAUUGGCUGGAGACGGUUCGAAGCAGCCUUUCAGCUAGGUUGAGUUUUGAAGAUGACUGGAAAUUUCAUGCGUUUUCCUUGCCUUCUCAUUAUUUUGCCUCAGGGAUCACACCAUGGAGUGGAUGCCAGAAGAUUGCGGAGAUGAAGCAAAGCCGCUUUCACUUUUGCCCUUGGCAUGAUGGAGGACUUGUACGAAGUUGCGAGCCUACACAUGCACAAGAACACCAUCGAAUUGCGUCCACUCCUGCUGAUUCAUCCCGGGUAAAGAAUUUUGAGAAUGAACAGUUCAUCCCUUCCUUCAACUUUGACAAGACGCCUUCAGAUUCCAGCAACCUCACUGGUCGACUCUCCGGCAUGAGACAGCACUUUGCUGACAAUGCUGUAGUAGAUCCCAAUGAAGUAACUGGGGACACCUCCAGUCAUCCUGGAAUCAUCGAGCAAUUCAAAAUCACUGACAACUACUAUGACAAUCCAGCACGUCGCAUCCAACAGGAACCUGAAGAACCUGAUCCCGACGUCAUUCCAGACAUUCAUGAAGCACCACAGUUUGCUCAAGAUCUUCAUGCAAUCGCUGGACGUUUUGCCAUAUAUGAUGAUCCAGAUGGAGAUGGGAUUUUACGGCUGAGAACCUGGUAUCUUCACCAUCAACACAUGAUUGUGAACUUCCAUUCCAGGACCGUUGAACUGGAUGAAGAUUGGCGGCGUUGGUCCGAUGAUAUCAUUGGCUCUUGGCGAACUCACCUCCAUGCUGGUGCUAGUAUUUUCUUUCAUCUUGUCCAUCCAGAUCCUUACAGAGGAUAUCUCAGACAAGAAGUUCAUUGUGACGUCAUCAUCACGCAAGGCAACGAACUGCCACGACGUGCAGGGCUCCUGACUGUUCACUAUCAAGGAGAACAAACUGACCCGCACACUUAUGCAGUUGCGAGUUCCCUGGAGAUGAUUGUCAGUGGCAGACGUUUAGUCGAAGCGGCUGAUGCUGAUCAAUGGCUGAAUCACAUGGGCAGAAUACGCAAGAACAUGACUAUGAAGAAGCUCCGCAUUUUGGGGAAUUUGCCCAGACACUUUGCGACCUUCUGUCCAGGCAAUCACCAACCACCACCAGAUUUUCCUCCUCCUGAAGAUGAUGGUAGCGCUUUUUUGCAACAUUCCAUACGCAGCUUUGUGGCUUCAUGCUCUGCAUGGCAGGUUCAGUGGCAGCCCAUGCAGCUUAAAGUUUCCCCAGCGCAUGUGGUCCAACCGGCGAUUCUUAGUGCAAGCCAUGAUCAACAGCAAGGACCUGCACCGCAAAGACCUUUCAGUGGUUUUCAUGGCAGAGAUUUUGACACUCUCUCCAAUCUCUUUGCAUCACACUCCAUGAUUGAAUGUGAAGAAGAAGGUCCCAUUGCUUAUGUUGAUACUUGGUACAUCCACCAUGAACGUCAGCAACAAUGUCGAGCACCACGCGCUGUUCGGCUCCUCCAAGAUCCUGCGGAAUGGCUUGAAGACCUUUUGGCACCCUGGCGUGACAUCAUUGAUCCGACCAUUGCCAUCACGAUCUUCCUUGUGAGACCCUCACCCCCAUGCACUCAGAUGGAAUGUCUUCUUGCCCAUUUCAUCAUUGAACAGGCACCUAGACCUGAGUGGGUUGUCGGUCUCAUCUCCAUCCAGGAAGUGAAUCCUCAGGGAAUUUCCAUUGAUCAUCGUGCCUUUUCCUUGCCUUCAUUGAUGUGGGCCCAAGCAGUGAUUCGAGUUGCGGGCAUCCAGGAACGAUGUCGUUUCCGCAGCUGCACAGUCCAAAGAGGAGCCAUACCUUUUGGAGUUUUUGACAUGGACCAUGUGGAUCCUGGCAUGAGCUUAGUUAUUCAUGUGCGCGACAGAAUGCCCUUUGUGGCGUCAAGUUCCAUUGAGGGUGACAUCAGUGGACUCAUGCAGCGCCCUCCAGAUCCUCAUGCAGCUGCCAGACCACCUGCCGGGCCUGCAGCGGCGGAACUCCACGAGCACUGGCGCAGAACUGCCUUUAGUUGGGAGGAAGAAUCGGCUUCGACAUCGGUCAUCACAUGGUUCGUCGAUCAAUUUCAUCAGCACCUUCACUCAUGUUGGCAGCCUCGAAUUGUAAGGCUUUACGAAGAUUUUGAUGCCUGGGAAAGGACCAUGCGGGCUGCCUGGAAUGAUGUUCAAUUGCCAGGAGCUCCCAUUUUGUUCCACAUAGUGCUUCCAGUGCCACCAAAUACAGGGCCAGAAAUUGCAGCACACGUGCUAUUGGUUCAAAACCCACAGGACACGCUCUCUUCCAGUGUUGUCACGGUGUUUGAAGCCAGUGCAGAAAUUGCUCGGCUUAGCCAUCAACUUGCUGUUACAACUCAUGAACGCCUUCAUCUGGAGCACUUAGUCACUGGACUGGGUUUGGCUGGGAGAUGUCUUCAUCCUGGAGCUCCGUCAAUUUGUGAAGCAUGGGUAGGAUCCAUCGCUCUUCGCAUUGGACAUCCAUUUCCUGCGCGUGAUGGCACUGGCACCAUCUUGCAACUCCGCAGGCGGCCGAACUUCCAGGCACAACAAGCUGCACAGGCUGAUGAUGCCAAUCUCCUUCAGAUUGGAUCGCAGUUGCAUACCGGACGAGAGAGGAAUGACAUGGCGCACUUUGCUUAUCUUCCUCAAGAGGAACCAUGGCAAGCCAUUUUGCAUUCCAUGCCAUAUGAGAAGGCCACGGAAGUAGAGCACAUGAGGCAUCUUUACAGCCUGGGCUUCGAGAAAGCGGUCAUUUUGAAAACUCUCAGUUGUGAUUUUGGUUUUCACGAGAUCCACUUCAAAGAGGCCUCAGGUACGAUGCAAGCUAAGCUGAAGCAGCCACCAGUGCUUCCUCCAUGGCCACAACAUCAGCCCAAACGUCCCCAGGGACCCAUGUAUCAACCAGACAAGGUCGGCACAACUCCUGAGUGCUCUCUUGCGUGUGGCAUCACAACGGACGACUUGAUGGCUUUCUUCAAUUCUUCAAAGGGCACUUUAUGCACUUCCUUUGAGAACCUCGACAUGCCAGAGCUUUGCACCCAGCAUUUUGCGACUUUGGCACAUCAUUGCCAUUUUGACCGUUUAGUCAUUUAUGCUGACGGAUCUUCGCAAGCACGCAGCCGACACAUCUCUCCGCAGCAGAAUGAGGAAACUGGAACACCCGAUGCAUGGUGCUUCCUUGUGCUCGGCGAAACUUAUACAUCCGACAGCACAUCAGACAUAUCGCUCAUAGGCUGGUCUGCUCAUCAUGUCAGAUGCGAUGCUACUCAGGACUGGUACGUUGGGGCAGACCGAAUCGGCUCGGCAAUUGCCGAACGUGAAGCCCUGUUUUGGGAGAUGAUUUGGAGAGUGGGACAAAAUUCCAACAUUCCCACUAUUUUUCGGAGCGAUUCAAUGCUUACACUUCAACAAGCUCGAGGCGACAUUGGUGCCCUUUGCUGUGAUGAGUCCUUCCAAAAUUUGCGAGGAUGCGCACAAUUGUUGGAAUCAGCGCUUGCCCCAGGUGACUUUGUCCUCGAGCAUAUUCCUGGCCAUGCCGGGGAUCCUUUCAAUGAGUUCUGUGAUUGGGGUGCGAAAGCUGAAGGAUUUGACAUCUCCCCUCCAGCUCUUCCUCCUGAAGAACUGCCUCCGACGGUGAAGCAAGGCCUUUCUGGUCAAAGGAUCCUGGACUUCAACAUCAUCAUCGCCACUGGCAAUGUACUCUCCCUGGGGCGCGGCCCUGUGGGCUUCAGAGGUAAGCUGGACUACUUGCGCUCCCAGUUCAAAGAUCUUCAUUUGAAUUUCUUGGGCGUUCAAGAAACAAGGGCAGACGCUGGAUCCUCCUUACAGGAAGGCAUCCUCAGACUUUCCUCUGGCGCAGACAAGGGACAUGGAGGUGUUGAACUUUGGUGCAACCUUCAGCAACCAAUUGCGAUCAGCAAGGGCAAAAGCAUUUGCCUUGCGAGAAGUCAUUUUACAGUUGUCUUCCAUGACUCUCGUCGUCUUCUGGUUAGAGUCCUUCAUGACUACUUUGAAGCGUGGUUCUUGGUUGGUUAUGCACCACACAGUGGCUACAGCGCCCAAGACAAGGAGAAAUGGUGGAAAUCCACACAAGACGUUGUGACCAAUCAUGUUGAUCAUUUCACGCCUCUCUUUGUUUGUAUUGAUGCGAAUGCAGGCCCUGGUGAACCAGAUGGGACUCACAUUUUUCAACCGGGCUUUCGAACUUCAACAGGAACUCCUUUUUUGAAGGACUUCCUUACAGACCUUCACCUGUGUGCGCCCAUCACCAGUGCAAUUCAUGAGGGCACCACAUGCACGUGGACUUCCCCGACACAAGAGGAGUUUACCAUUGAUUAUGUACUCAUUCCGGCGCAUUGGUUGCAUUGGUGCUCAAGAUCCUGCAUUUUAGAGGACUUCGAUCUUGGAAACAAAGUUGUUGAUCACGCGGUGCAUGCUGUUGAACUCAAAUGGCAACAGACGUUCUCAGCUUUCAGUUCCACUGGAUUGUCACACCUUGGUUUUGAUCGCAAUCGCAUUCAGCAACAUAUGCCAAAGGCUUUCCAGCCCUUCGAAAUCCAAGCAUGGUCUUCAGAUGUUGAACGGCAUCUCAAGUGUAUCAAUGAACAGCUUCACUCUCAGAUGCGUCGGAAUUGUCCUCGACCUAAACAAGGACCCAAAAGGCCUUACAUCGAUGAAGCCAUUUGGAAACUUCGCAGGCAGAAGCUGGAUCACAAAGCACAACUCAAACACAUUCGCCUCCUCCUGCGUCGAGAAACAUUGGCUCGGAUCUUCACAGCGUGGAAGACACAAGACGAUAGUCAUCGAGAAGCCUCUUUCUGUUUUGGAACCACUUUGCGGAUUGGCCUCUUGAAACAUGGCUUAGGACUCAGACGUCAAGCGGCCCUUUUGAAGCAACAAAUCAGCUUGAGCAAAUCUGUUGCCCUUAAAGAGGUCAUCAGUCAUUUUACACAGUCCACUGGAGCGUCGGAAAUUCAACAGAAACUACGACCCUUCAUGGGAUCCAGCAACAAGCUGAAGCAAGGCUUGGCUCCGCUGCCACUGAUCAAGGAUGCGCAAGGACAACCUUGCACAUCACAGACAGCCGCCAUGAAUCGUUGGAUUGAAUUUUUCAGCGAGAUGGAAGGAGGGGAACGUGUUGAUGAAGUGUGUCGCCAAGUCGCGCCUGGGAAAGCAUCGGGGAUGGAUCGAAUUCCAUCUGAAUUGAUGCGAUAUUGCCCCCGUGAUGUGGCAAAGCAUCUCUACUCCCUGCUGCUGAAGAUUGCAUUGCAAGGACAGGAGCCACUAGAGCACAAGGGUGGCUACCUUAUCCCCAUUUGGAAAGGGAAGCUUAGCCGCGAUUGCUGUCAUGCCUUCCGUUCCAUCCUCAUCUCCUCGAUGGUCGGAAAGACACUCCACAAGGCCUUGCGUACCAAGCAGACAGAGCUGUAUCAGACAUAUCUUCAUCAACAACAGUUGGGAGGCCGUAAAGGCAUCUCCGUGGUCCUAUGUGGUCAUCUGGUCCGCGCUUUUUUGCGCAUUUUCGCUGCACGAGGUGACUCGUACGCCGAUGUGGUGUUUGGGUACUUAAUGUCACGGGUCUUGCAGAGCUUUGAAGCUGAUCUUGCGCACACCCACAUCCUGUCCCAGUUCCCAGCAGAGCCCAGCAUUGACCUGCACUCCAGCGGCUUCCCUGAUCAGGAUACUCCGCCCCAGACACUGCUUGGCCCUUGCUGGAUGGAUGAUUUGGCCAUACCAUUGACAGCGGAGACGAAUGCAGUUCUUCACCGCAAUCUACAGACAGCUACUAGCUGCAUCCUGGAUACUCUCCGGGCUCAUGCAAUGACGCCAAAUUUGGGACAGGGCAAGACUGAAAUUCUCUUCAAGCCUCGGGGUGUAGGAGCGAAAACAUUCCGGAAGCAGCUCUUUGGUCCUCAUGCACCCAACUGCAUCACAGCCAUUGGAGAAUAUGAUACUUACAAGGUCAACCUUGUCAAUUCGUAUCUUCAUUUGGGAGGGCUGACGCACUACACAGGAGACCUCCGCAAAGAGAUCCGCAGGAGGAUCGCAAUUGCGCAUCAGAGUUUCAACAAACAUCGCAAAAUCAUUUAUCAAAAUGAGAAUCUCCCUAUGGGAAGAAGAUCAGAGAUUUUCUCGAGUUUGAUCUUAAGUCGCCUCCUUUAUGGCGCAGAAACCUGGUACAUUCAUGAUUUGAAAACCAAAGAGUUCCUGCACAGUGCGAUCAUCAAGCUCCUGAAGCGUCUCCUUCGCUGUUCGGCAGAUGAUCACAUCACGGAUGAGGAAAUGCUGCAUCGCAGCAACAUGCCGACUCCCACGGCUCUUCUUCGACACAAAAGACUGAGCUACUUGUGCUCUCUUUUGAACAAUGGACCCUCAGCCCACUGGGGACUUUUGAAUCAAGAUCAAGAUUGGCUGGCACUGAUCAAAGAUGAUCUUCAAUGGAUGGGAGAUCAACUGGCCAACUCAUGCAUUUUCUUUGUGUUGCUGCACAUUGGCGAGUGCAAAAAUCCCUUCAAGGCCAUGCUCUUUGGAAAGUGCAAGACUUUCGCUGGGGAAGGAGCUCACAUGAACAGAACACACGGUCAAGCGCAUCCUGUCCGUACAUUGAUUGAUGGAACCCAAUGUGGAGCAUGCCUCAAGGAAUAUGUCACUUUUAGCAAGUUGAAAACCCAUCUCAUUCGUGCCAGUGCUUGCCGACAGCAACUUCUGGGUCGCAAGUUGAGAGUAGGAUUAGGACCUGGUGAGGGAUCCACUUCCAACACGGCCCUUCAACAGGCAUGGGAUGGGCGCCUUCCCCCUCUUCAAGCUGAAGGUCCUCUUCUUCCUCCAGCAUGCCCAAGGGAUUUUGAGCCUGAGCAUUCUGAGCUUUUUGAGACUCUGUCCCUCAUGAUCGUUGAGAUGGAUGAAUCCGGACUUGAGUUUUUUGAACAUGAAGCGAGGAAGGUUAUUGCGUGUCUUCCAAUUUCAUGGACCUUGUGCGUCAAAACCUUGCGGAGCAUUCAAGGAAUGCUUCCAUGUGCAGAUUUGAGAAACAAUGAGCAGACCAUUGGCAAGCUGCAGACGUGCAUUGAUGGUUUAUGUGAUUCGGAGACGUGGCCCUUUUUGAGACAACCGUUGAGCCGGCAGGCAUGUAUGCCCACCCUAGCGGAGAUUGAGAAAGAGUUUGAACAGGCAACUCUGGAUUUUCAGCCGCCUGAGAUUCCGCCUCUUCGUGAUAGCGACAAUCUUUGGGGAUUUGAUUCUCUGAGCUUGCGAGAAGCCCAGCAAGUGGCCAUUGGCAACGAGCUUCUUCUCUUCACGAUCGAGCUCCUUUACGCUUUGGCAUGUGCCGCAGGUUUUGGUGUCGUUGAACAUCCCAAAGAACCAGACGACCCAGCCAAGCCGUCAAUCUGGAGAUUGGCAAUCAUGAAGCUCCUCGUUCAGUUCCCAAGUGUCGAGGUCAUUGAUUUGGCACAAGGUCUGCUAGGUGCUCAUUCACCCAAACCAACGCGACUCCUGGCCUUGAAUUUGCCGACGCUGAGAGGGCAUUUGAGAGCGCACCAGGUGACACCUGACCUUCCAAAGAGAAGCGCCAUCGGCAAAGCUGAUGAUGGCACAUGGCGCACAUCACCUUUGAAGGAGUAUCCACCAGCCAUGAACAUGGCUCUGGCAAAGUCCUUCUGUCAAUGGUUCCAUGAUCAUGCAUCCUGUACAGACUUUUUCAUGGAUCCAUCUUUUUUACAAAGAUGCCGUGCGAUGACGUGCCGCACUUUUGGCGAUUUCAUUGGUCCCGACUUCGGUGGAUGA